AUGUGGAGAAAAGCCCUAGUAAGCGUCGGUGGUGCACUGCAACCAUGCCGCGUGACGGCUUUCCGACGGUCCUCCAGCGUCUCCACCGCCGUGAACUCCAUGUUGCUCCGCUCCCUCAAAGAACACUAUCUCGAAAUCUCCAAAAUGACUCCACCUCCGAAGGUGAGCCCACCUCAACCAUUUACAGUGGUGAAAGGGGCGCUUGAUAGUGCUACUCCUGUUUUAAAACGGACCUAUGGUGAUGAGGUGAUUAGUAUUUAUGUAAUGCGGUUGGCUAACAUUAUUCCCAGUGGCGGUGGGGAUGACGAUGAUGAUGAUGGAAUUAAUCAGUUGUUUGUUCAUGUGGAUAUCUCAAAGCCUGGACAGAAGGAUUCUUUGCAUUUUCUUUGUGGACUGUAUCCAGAUGCAUUGGGAAUUCACUCAGUUUCGAUGAGGCCAAAGCUUGAGACUUCAGGAUUUCUUGUGGUUCCGACGAAAUACAAUGGCCCUGUUUUCCAAGAUCUUGAUGGGAAAAUGAGAGAUGCACUUCAUGGUUACAUUGAAGAGCGAGGUAUUAAUGAGAGCCUCUUUCCAUUUCUUCAAGCUUGGCUUUAUGUGAAGGAUCACCGGCAUCUUAUGGGUUGGUUCAAAUCAGUCGGUACAUUCAUUAAUGAGAGAAAGCAAGAAGCUUCACUUGCUUAA